AUGACACCGGCGAUAGAUGCUCCUCAUCCCGCGAUGCAUGUCGACCUGGAGUAUAGAAGCCUGGUGGACCAGGAACAGCUGGAAUCAAACAGCAACUUCAAUAUCCGCAUCUUCACUGACGGUAGUAAGUUUGAGGGCAAGGUUGGGGCGGCACUAUCCAUGUGGGAUGGUGCAGCCGAAAUCAAAGCCCUCAAACUUGCUUUGCCGUCAUACAGCACGGUCUACCAGGCUGAGCUCCUGGCGAUAUGCAGGGCGACUAGGGAGCUCUUAAAACUUAAGGCACACAGCUACGGAAUCUACAGCGACUCUAUGGCAGCACUUCAGACGGUUACCAACGUUCGUUCCCUCCAUCCCCUGGCGGUGGAGACGCGUGAAAACUUACAAACCGCCACGUACCAAAAGAAACUUGUUAAUCUGUUUUGGAUUAAGGCUCACGCAGGAUUGGAGGGAAACGAGCGUGCUGACCGCCUCGCCAAGGAAGCCGCUGUAGGUUCAAAGCGCAAGCACGAUUACGACCUGUGCCCGAUUUCAUUCGUCAAGCGAAGCAUCCGUAUGCGAACGCUUGACGAGUGGAAUCAGAGGUACCAGAACGCAAACACAGCCGGUAUUACUAAAUUAUUCUUCCCCGAUGCGGUGGCGGCGCACAAAAUAAUCAAGAAAAUAAAGCCGACUGGCAUAACAACGCAGCUCAUGACAGGGCAUGGUGGGUUUUCCGAGUACCUGAACCGCUUCGGGUGCAAGGAUAACCCAUCGUGCAUAUGCGAACCUGGCGCACUCGAAACGAUCCCCCAUAUUUUAUUGACUUGCCCAGUAUUUGCUAGUAUUAGGUACAAUGCAGAAAUUAACUUGGAGUCCAAGAUGGAUAAAGAUAGUCUACAUAAAUUCAUGCUAGGCAAAAACAGAGAUAUCUUCCUAGAAUACUGUUGUAAAUUAGUUAAUAAGGUAGUCAAUAGAAACAAAAGUGUAUAA